CGCGAAGGGCUGGGGCGGCGGCGAACGGGCCAGCUGCGCGGAGGAGCGGGGAAGGAAGGGGAGGGGGAGCCGAAGGGCGCGGACGGCUGGACCGGAGCGGCCUCCCCCUCCCCGAAGUCGGGGGUGCCUUAGCCGCUGGGGAGCGGGGCUGCAGCCUCUGCAGCUGGAUUUCCCACUCUGACAGGCGCCAUUUUACUGCCCUAAGGGCUCCCUCCUCCUUUCUUCCCCCGUCCUCUUCCCCUCUGACACUGCUUCCGGUGGUGACGUCCAUUCGCUUCACCGGGACUAAAGUUCCCCCUCCUCGGUCUGUGGGGACUAGGCCGGGUGUCAGUGGUGGAAGAAUUCAUGGGUGCCCCGCCCCUUUCGCCUGGAGGGGGCGGGGCAGCGGGUCGUGACGCCAUCAGAGGGCGCCGGAGGGGGGACCCGACGCGAAUUGGAGAUGGAGUCGGUGUUGGCUCUGGGCGGCUUGGUGCUGCUGCGGGACUCCGUGGAGUGGGAGGGGCGCACUCUCUUGAAGGCGCUUAUCAAGAAAUCUGCACUGUGUGGGGAGCAGGUCCACAUCCUGGGCUGCGAAGUGAGCGAGGACGAGUUCCGUGAAGGCUUUGACUCCAGUAUCAACAGCCGGUUGAUUUACCAUGACCUCUUCAGAGACCCUCUCAACUGGUCACAGACUGGGGAAACCCUUCCAGGGGGACCCCUGGGAGCCUUGCAAGCCAUGUGCAGGAGGACACAUCCUGGUCCUGUCACCAUUGCUCUCGAUUCACUCAGCUGGCUGCUGCUGCACAUUCCCUGUACUUCCCUCUGCCAGGCCCUCGGUGCCUUGAGCCGUCAGCACGCCCACCCUGGUGGCGGCUCCCCGGCGGAGCCCCUGCGAGUACUCGGCCUGCUGCACGAAGAGCUCCAUGGCCCGGGCCCCCUGGGAGCACUGAGCAGCCUGGCCCAGACUGAAGUGACCCUGAGUGGGACAGUGGGCCAGGCUUCGGCCCACAUUCUCUCUCGGAGGCCCCGACAGCGCCCAGCCCAUCAGACCCAGUGGUUCUCCAUCCUGCCUGACUUCAGCCUGGAUCUCCAAGGGGGGCCCCCACUAGAGUCCCAGCCCCACGCAGAUCCUCACACAGCCUCGGUGGACCCCACAGCUCAUGUGACCUUUAACCUUCACCUGUCCAAGAAAGAGCGAGAAGCCAAAGACAGCCUGACACUGCCCUUCCAGUUCAGCUCUGAAAAACAACAGGCUCUGCUGCGUCCUGGGCCCGGCCAGGCCACCGGCCGCAUCUUCUAUGAGCCCGACGCAUAUGAUGACCUGGACCAAGAAGACCCAGACGAUGACCUGGAUGUUUGACCGGCCCGGAACUGGAAGGGAGGAGAAAGACCUUGGACCCAUAACCGUCCUCUCGUUUGCAUUGGCCUUGCCCUGUCCUUGCCCCCAUCUUUGUUGUCACCCCCAGGUCGUAAGUCAGAGAGUCGCUUCCAUCUGGACAAAAAAUGGGCAAGGGGCAUUAGGGGAAGUUGAAAAGAACAGGAACCUCUCCCCUCUCUGCCUAAUAAAGUAUUUUUCUACUGAAAGGAA